AUGUCGGACGCGUUAGAGUCCGGUCAGGACUCGGGUCAGCAGUCGCUGCCCAAUGAGGCGAACCUCCCGACUGUGGCUUUGGUUGACGUUCAGGUUGUCGUGAAUUACAUCCGACGAGUCAUUCCGGCCCUUCUUGAGGAAGACAAUGUCAUCCAUCCAUCGCUGGAGGUGUGCCUUAGGAGUGACGCGACUGUCGACAAAAUCCGCAAAUUUAUAUCCGACGGACAAAUGCGGUCUCUUCUCAUCCAAAGAUCGUCUUCAAAAGAAGAGGAAGAGGUGUCGGAAGCGGGCGGUGACACAGAAGACAAUGUCGUGUAUUUGAUCUCAGAAGAGGUCCGCUUUAUGAACGCGAAGAUCAAUAGCGUUGUCCUCAUAAAGAAAGGCCUGGUAUUGGAGGCCGAGAAGAAUAUAUCGACUCAACUGCGAGUCAUGAAUCUAAACGACUCGUCCCCUUAUGAGACGCUCCACUCCUAUGUGUCCGCAGCCGUCGCCCCGUAUUUCAAGUCUUACGUCAAAGAGACCGGAAGAGCCGAAAGAGACGGCGACAAAAUGGCGCCGACGGUAGAGAAGAAGAUCGCGGAGCUAGAGAUGGGUCUUCUGCAUCUCCAACAGAACAUUGAUAUCCCAGAAAUCAGUCUUCAAAUACAUCCAAUGGUUGUGUCGGUUAUCAAGAAGUGCUCUGAAGAUAAGCGACGAGUGAUUGUCGACGAGUUCGGCGAUAAAGUCAACGAUUCUGUGUUCUUGAAUCAACUCCAGAGUGGAGUCAAUCGUUGGAUUCGAGAGAUACAAAAAGUGACAAAAUUAGAUAGAGAUCCGUCCUCUGGAACCGCUAUACAAGAGAUAAGUUUUUGGUUGAAUCUCGAGAGAGCCCUUCUCCGCAUCCAAGAGAAGAGGGAGAGUUCAGAAGUGGCUAUCACUUUGGAGAUCCUGAAGAAUGGAAAGCGCUUUCACGCGACCGUCAGUUUCGAUGCCGACACUCGUCUCAAAGAAGCGCUUUCGACAGUCAGUGAUUACAACCCUCUGAUGAAAGACUUCCCGCUCAACGAUCUGUUGGCGGCCACAGAACUCGACAAAAUCAGAAUUGCUUUGCAGUCGAUAUUUCAACACUUGAGGAAAAUCCGAAACACGAAAUAUCCGAUCAAAAGAGCGCUCAAACUAAUGGAAGCCAUCUCUCGGGACCUGAUGUCACAAAUGCUGAAAGUGUUGGGCACCCGACGAAUGAUGCACAUCCCCUUCGAUGAGUUUGAACGGGUGGUGUCCGCCUGUUUCGAUGUCUUCAUCACAUGGGAUGACGAAUACGACAAACUUCAGGGCCUUAUGAGAGAUAUCGUCAAAAAGAAGAGAGAGGAACACCUGAAGAUGGUUUGGAGAAUCAAUUUGGCGCACAAGAGAUUGCAGUCACGUAUGGAACAAAUGCGCAAAUUUCGUCGACAACACGAACAGCUCCGGGCAGUCAUUAUUCGUGUCUUAAGACCGACCGUUAAAAGUGUCAAAGAAGGCGAACCCAUAAGUGAUGGCAACACUGAAAAGGAUUCCACACUUUCUUCGUUCGAUUCGGCGGACAUGAAUGCCAUCGAAGAAGUGAACUCUGCGUACGAACUCGUCAAAGAAGUGGAUGCGCUCGACAUCAGCAAAGAAGGAACCGAUUCGUGGGAGGCGUCGAUGAAGAGAUACGAAGAACGCAUCGAUAGAGUCGAGGCCAGGAUUACGGCUAAACUGCGAGAUCAGUUGGGAAUCGCUAAGAAUGCCAACGAAAUGUUCAGAAUAUUCUCGCGAUUUAACGCUCUAUUCGUUAGGCCUCAUAUUCGCGGCGCUAUUCGUGAAUAUCAGACACAACUGAUCCAAAGAGUUAAGGACGACAUCGAAUCGCUUCACGAGAAGUUUAAAGUCCAAUACCCGCAGAACAAGGCCUGCAAAAUGAGUCGCGUCAGGGAUUUGCCGCCCGUUUCCGGGUCUAUCGUUUGGGCGAAACAAAUCGAGAGACAACUCUCUGUUUAUAUGAAACGCGUUGAGGAUGUGUUGGGCAAGGGAUGGGAGAAUCACGUCGAGGGCCAGAAGCUAAAGAGCGACGCCGACAGCUUCCGAAUGAAACUCAACACUCAGGGAAUAUUCGACGAGUGGACACGAAAUGUGCAACAAAGACAACUCAAUGUCUCCGGAAGAAUAUUCAAUAUCGAAAGCUUUCGGUCCAAAAGUGGAAAGGGAAGUGUUCUUAAGCUUCGCGUCAACUUUAUGCCCGAAAUCAUAACUUUGGCCAAAGAAGUGCGAAACUUAAGGAGUUUAGGCUUUAGAGUGCAGUUAGCGAUCGUCAAUAAAGCCCAUCAGGCGAACCAACACUACCCGUUCGCCGUCUCCCUCAUCGAAACAGUGAAGUCCUAUGAGAGGGCGUGUGAGAAAGUGGAACAGAGACCCACUGUCGCCCUUCUCGUGGCCGGCCUUAAGAGAGACGUUCAGGACUUGAUUGCUGAAGGCGUUGGACUCGUUUGGGAAUCAUAUAAAAGAGACUCUUAUGUCCAAAGACUGGCGGAAAGUGUAUUCAAUUUCCAGGAGAAAGUGGACGAACUAUUAGACGUCGCCGAACAGAUUGAAGUGGAAGUCCGAAGUAUUGAGGGCUGCAGUUAUAGUACAACUGUUUUGUCUGAAAUUCUCAAUAAGAUUCAGAAAGCCGUCGACGACUUGAGUUUACAGAGAUAUUCCAAUUUAAGCGAAUGGGUCACCCGUUUGGACGAAGACAUUGAGACUAAACUUGCGGUUCGUCUCGAGGCUGGAAUUAAGGCGUGGACUCAAGCGCUGUUUAGCAACCAAGAAGACGAUAUGGAUGUUCUGACGGACACUGACUCGCCGACCACUACUGUCGUGAAACCCGGCGGAGAUCCGAAGAUUCAGAAAAUGAUUCAUGAGAUCCGUAUCACGAAUCAAGUGAUGUAUGUGAGUCCCAGUGUAGAGGAGGCCCGCUUUGAUUUGAUGCAACAGCUGUUCGCGUGGGAGAACGUUGUGCUCACUCUCAACCGAAUCGAAAGCACUCGAUAUCAGGUCGGGUUAGACAGACCGGUGGCCCCGCAAUACAGAGACCUAUUGAAUCGGAUGCCUGAAGGGGUGAAUGUUCUCGAAGCCGCCUAUGAAGCCAUCGAAAAUAAAAUCAAACAAAUGCAGGAAUAUAUCACUCAAUGGUUGACAUAUCAGUCCCUUUGGGACCUUCAGCCCGAUAUGCUGUACACUAAACUCGGAGAGAAUAUCUCUCUUUGGAUGAAUACUUUGGUUGAGAUAAAGAAGUCGAGAACUACUUUCGAUACGACGGAAACCCGUAAAGAGAUCGGACCCAUAGUCGUGGACUACGCCAAAGUGCAGUCCAAAGUGACGCUCAAAUACGACUCGUGGCAUAAAGAGGUUCUGAGCAAAUUUGGCGGACUAUUAGGCACUGAGAUGUCAGGUCUGCACCAAAUUAUCUCUAAGUCGAGGAGCGAAUUAGAACAGCACUCCAUCGACACGGCCAACACCAAAGAUGCCGUCACUUUCAUUACUUACGUCCAGUCGCUUAAGAAUAAGACGCGGCAGUGGGAGAAACAGGUCGACACAUACAAAGAGGGACAAAGGAUUCUGGAGAGACAGCGCUUCCAAUUCCCCAAUAAUUGGCUUCACGUCGACAACAUUGAGGGCGAGUGGAGUGCUUUCAAUGAGAUUAUGAAACGCAAAGACGCGUCGAUUCAACAACAGGUGUCGAGCCUUCAAGUGAAGAUUGUGGCCGAAGACAAGUCAGUUGAGUCGCGAACUCUAGACUUCCUUCACGAGUGGGAGAGAGGAAAGCCAGUCGAGGGGUCGGCGUCUCCUAAAGAAGCGUUGAAUCGGUUGACUAUUUUCGAGACAAAAUUCAAUCAUCUGAGAGAAGAUCGCGAUAAUGUCUUGAGAGCCAAAGAGGCCCUCGAAUUACUAGAACCCGGUUUGGCUCCCGUCAGCGCCAGUGAUGAGAAACUUCAGGUCGCGCUCGAAGAACUUCAGGACUUGAAGGAAGUUUGGACUGAAUUGUCUAAAGUUUGGGAACAAAUUGAUUUACUAAAAGAGUUGCCGUGGCUUUCAGUACAGCCUCGAAAACUGCGGCAACAAUUGGAUGGACUUAUGGCUCAAUUGAAGGACAUGCCGGCCCGCCUCAGACAAUACGCGUCGUAUGAUUUCGUGAAACGAGUGCUUCAGGCGUACACGAAGUCAAAUAUGUUGAUCAUUGAACUCAAAUCAGAUGCUCUCAAAGAGCGCCAUUGGAAGCAAUUGACGCGUCAACUGAAUGUUCGUUGGGUUCUGUCUGAACUGACUUUAGGACAGGUCUGGGACGUGGACCUCCAGCGAAAUGAGCCCAUUGUUAAGGACAUUAUACUUGUGGCUCAGGGAGAGAUGGCUCUCGAGGAGUUCCUGAAGCAGGUUCGGGAGGCCUGGCAGACAUAUGAACUCGAUUUAGUUAACUAUCAAAACAAGUGCCGAAUUAUUCGCGGAUGGGAUGACCUCUUCAACAAAGUGAAGGAACACAUCAACUCAAUCACAGCAAUGAAACUCUCGCCCUAUUAUAAGGAGUUCGAAGAGGACGCCCUGUCGUGGGAGGAGAAGCUCAACAGAAUUAACGCUCUCUUCGAUGUCUGGAUUGACGUCCAGAGACGUUGGGUUUAUUUGGAGGGCAUAUUCAGCGGUAGUUCAGAUAUCCAGGCCUUACUGCCCGUCGAGACCUCACGUUUUCAGUCAAUUAGUUCAGAAUUUUUGACUUUAAUGAAGAAAGUGUCCAAAAGUCCAAUGGUUAUGGAUGUCCUCAAUAUUCCUGGCGUUCAGCGCUCUCUGGAGAGAUUGGCCGACCUUUUGGGCAAAAUUCAAAAAGCUUUGGGAGAAUAUCUGGAAAGAGAGAGGUCUUCGUUCCCGCGAUUCUACUUCGUUGGCGACGAAGAUUUGCUUGAAAUUAUCGGAAACAGUAAAAACAUUCCUCGACUUCAGAAACACUUUAAGAAGAUGUUUGCCGGCGUCUCGUCUAUUAUUCUCAAUGAAGACUUCACUUCAGUGUUGGGCUUAUGCUCUAAAGAGGGCGAAGAAGUUCGCUUUUUUACGCCCAUCUCUAUCGUCGAACACCCGAAGAUUAAUGAGUGGUUAAGUCUUCUGGAGAGGGAAAUGCGUAUAACAUUAGGCAAACUGUUGGCGUCGGCGGUCGCAGAAAGCGCUCCAUUCAAGAGCGGAAAUAUAGAAAUCGAUAAAUUCGUCAAAUGGUUGGACUCUUUCCAGGCGCAGGUCAUUGUUCUGGCGGCACAGAUAUCGUGGUCUGAAUACGUGGAGAACACUCUCUUACAGAUCAGUAAUCAAAAUCUGAAAACUUGUGAAUUACUGGAGAAUGUGUUGCAAUCUGUGGAACUGACUCUUAAAGUGUUGGCCGACUCUGUUCUUCAGGAACAGCCGCCUCUUCGGCGCAAAAAGUUAGAGCAUCUCAUCACUGAAUUCGUCCACAAGAGAGACGUGACGCGAACUCUCAUCAAAAACAAUGUCUGCUCUCCGAAGUCCUUCGACUGGUUGUCUCAAAUGAGGUUCUACUUUGACCCCCGACAGCACGAUGUGCUCCAACAGCUGUCCGUCCAUAUGGCGAACGCAAAGUUCAACUAUGGCUUCGAAUACCUCGGAGUUCAGGACAAACUCGUUCAGACGCCGCUCACUGAUCGCUGUUAUCUAACUAUGACUCAAGCAUUGGAGUCAAGACUCGGCGGCUCUCCCUUCGGACCGGCCGGCACUGGAAAGACUGAAUCCGUCAAAGCAUUAGGCAAUCAAUUGGGAAGAUUUGUUCUCGUCUUCAACUGCGACGAGACAUUCGACGUGCAGGCCAUGAGCCGUAUAUUUGUAGGUCUGUGUCAAGUGGGGGCCUGGGGUUGCUUUGAUGAGUUCAAUCGACUGGAGGAGCGAAUGUUGAGCGCUGUCUCUCAACAGAUUCAGAUGAUUCAGGAGACGCUUAAGAAUCUGCAAAACAAAACCGAAUUAACUGUAGAACUGAUCGGAAAACAGGUCCGAAUCAACGCCGAUAUGGCCAUCUUCAUAACUAUGAAUCCCGGAUACGCCGGACGGUCUAACUUACCCGACAAUCUCAAGAAACUGUUCCGUUCGCUGGCUAUGAAUAAACCCGACCGACAACUCAUCGCUGAAGUCAUGCUAUUCUCCCAGGGCUUCAGAACAGCCGAGAAGUUGGCCACAAAAAUUGUCCCGUUUUUCAAACUCUGUGACGAACAGCUCUCCAACCAAUCCCACUAUGACUUCGGCUUAAGAGCCCUUAAGAGUGUUCUCGUCAGCGCCGGUAAUAUUAAAAGAGAUAGGAUUCAGAAAAUCAAAGAAGAUAUGAGAGAGAGGGGUGAAGGCGACAAAAUAAAUGAGGGUUUGAUUGCUGAACACCUGCCCGAACAAGAAAUCCUUAUUCAAAGUGUUUGUGAGACAAUGGUUCCCAAAUUAGUCGCUGAAGACAUUCCGUUGCUUUUCUCACUUCUGUCGGACGUCUUCCCUGGAAUUAAGUACACGAGGGCUGAGAUGAAGGGACUUAAGGAGCAAAUCAUGAAAGUGUGUCAAGAAAUGUAUUUGGUUUGUGAUUACGAGUCCGAGACUUCCAAUGAAGACAAUAACGCGAGCUCUUGGAUGGCAAAAGUGCUGCAAUUAUACCAAAUAUCUCAACUAAAUCACGGCCUAAUGAUGGUGGGCCCGAGUGGGAGCGGCAAAUCGACGGCCUGGAGGGUUCUCCUCAGAGCACUCGAACGCUAUGAAGGUGUCGAAGGCAUCGCUCAUGUGAUCGAUCCAAAAGCUAUAUCCAAAGAAGCACUUUAUGGCACUCUUGACCCGAACACUCGCGAGUGGACAGACGGUCUGUUUACGCAUAUUCUGCGCAAAAUCAUUGAUAACGUGAGGGGAGAGAUCAACAAAAGGCAAUGGAUUAUAUUUGAUGGAGACGUCGACCCCGAAUGGGUUGAGAAUCUCAACAGUGUUUUAGACGACAAUAAACUACUGACUCUUCCAAACGGUGAGCGACUGAGUAUUCCUCCAAAUGUUCGCAUUAUGUUUGAAGUACAGGACCUUAAGUACGCCACUUUGGCCACUGUCUCGCGGUGUGGUAUGAUUUGGUUCAGUGAAGAUGUUUUGUCGACUGAAAUGAUUUUUGAGAACUUCUUCUUGAGAUUACGAAACAUUGCUUUAGAAGACACUGAAGACGACUUCCCAACCUAUGGCUCAAAGAAAAUACGGUCCGAUAGUGACGGCAAUCAGUCUGAAGUACAACAUCCAGGCCUUCAGACACAACAUGAUUUUGCAAAUAUAUUACAGCCGUUCUUCACAUCCGAUGGUCUCGUUGUGAGAGCUCUAGAGUUUGCCUCAAAACAGGAACAUAUCAUGGAUUUCACGCGAUUACGAGCGCUGAGCAGUUUGUUCUCAAUGUUGAACCAGUCGUGUAGAAACAUAUUGAACUACAACCACAAUCACCCGGACUUCCCGAUGCAACACGACAUACUCGAGCGCUAUAUCCCCCGAUCCCUAGUCUACGGCCUCUUGUGGUCGUUCGCCGGCGACGCGAAGCUUAAAGUGAGGAGCGAUUUGGGAGACUUCAUCCGAAGCAUUACUACCAUUCCCUUACCACCCGCCACCUCAGCCCUGCCUCUCAUUGACUAUGAGGUGACUUUCAACGGCGAGUGGUCUCUCUGGCAGAACAAAGUUCCCCAAAUUGAAGUGGAAACCCAUAAAGUGGCCGCACCUGAUGUUGUGGUCCCUACUGUCGACACAGUACGACACGAAUCACUAUUGAAUACAUGGCUCGCAGAACACAAACCACUAGUCCUGUGCGGACCUCCCGGUUCUGGAAAGACUAUGACAUUAUUUAGUUCAUUGCGUUCACUGCCAGACAUGGAAGUGGUUGGCCUUAACUUUUCGAGCGCUACUACUCCUGAGCUAUUAUUGAAGACUUUUGAUCACUACUGCGAAUACCGAAAGACACCGAACGGAGUGGUAUUGUCUCCGAUACAGAUCGGAAAGUGGCUCAUAUUGUUCUGCGAUGAAAUCAAUUUACCCCAAAUCGACAAAUAUGGAACCAUUCGAGUGAUAUCCUUCUUAAGACAACUGGUCGAAUGCGGCGGCUUUUAUAGGACUACUGAUCAGACUUGGGUUAAGUUGGAAAGAAUUCAAUUCGUCGGCGCCUGUAAUCCGCCCACAGAUCCCGGCAGAAAGCCGUUGUCCCACAGAUUCUUGCGUCACGUGCCCGUCAUUUAUGUCGACUAUCCGGGAGAGACAUCUCUUAAACAAAUUUACGGCACAUUCAAUAGAGCUCUCUUAAGGAUAGUGCCGGCGCUCAGGGCUUAUGCCGAACCGCUGACCGCAGCUAUGGUUGAGUUUUAUUUGAUAUCACAAGAGAGGUUCACUCAAGACAUGCAACCGCAUUAUGUGUACUCUCCGCGAGAACUGACGCGUUGGGUCCGCGGUAUCGUUGAGGCCAUCAGACCCCUCGAGACCCUUACAGUCGAAGGUCUGGUGCGUUUGUGGGCUCACGAAGCACUCCGUCUAUUUCAGGACCGUUUGGUCGAAGACUCCGAACGCAUUUGGACGGACGAGAACGUGAAUAUCGUGGCACUCAAACACUUCCCUAAUAUUGACAAACAGGCGGCUCUACAGCGACCCAUACUUUACAGCAAUUGGUUGUCCAAAGAUUACAUUCCCGUCGACCGCGAAGUGUUGCGUGAGUUUACCAAAGCGCGGCUCAAAGUGUUUUAUGAAGAAGAGCUCGACGUCUCUCUCGUGCUGUUCAAUGAAGUGUUGGAUCACGUGUUGAGAAUCGACCGAAUCUUCCGUCAACCUCAGGGUCACGUCCUCCUGAUUGGUGUGAGCGGUGCCGGAAAGACAACACUCUCUCGAUUCGUCGCGUGGAUGAAUGGGUUGAGUGUCUUUCAGAUCAAAGUUCACAACAAGUAUUCGGCCGCAGAUUUCGACGAAGAUUUGCGUCAAGUUCUGAGACGUUCCGGUUGUAAAGACGAGAAGAUUUGUUUCAUUUUAGACGAGUCUAAUGUUAUGGACUCUGGAUUUCUCGAAAGAAUGAACACAUUGUUAGCCAAUGGAGAAGUGCCCGGACUUUUCGAGGGCGACGAAUACACUACUCUUAUGACUCAAAUCAAAGACUCCUCACAAAGGGAAGGCCUUAUGCUUGACUCCAAUGAAGAACUCUAUAAAUGGUUUACACAUCAAGUGAUAAAAAAUCUUCACGUCGUCUUCACAAUGAAUCCCUCGUCUGAAGGCCUCAAAGACCGGGCGGCAACCUCUCCGGCGCUCUUCAAUCGAUGUGUUCUCAAUUGGUUCGGCGACUGGACUAAUGAGGCCCUCUUCCAAGUGGGCCGAGAGUUCACAUCUAAGCUCGACAUCGAUAAUACCAAAUACGUUGCGCCGCAAUAUUUCCCGUCAGCCUUCCUUGGGUUUACUGCCACUCCUAACCAUAGGGACGCCGUUAUCAAUGCAUUCGUGUAUAUCCACCAAACCCUACACCACGCAAACGAACGACUACUCAAAAGAGGUGGAAGAGUGACGACUAUAACUCCUCGACAUUAUCUCGAUUUCAUUAACCAUUACGUGAAACUCUAUUACGAGAAGUGUUCAGAACUGGAAGACGAACAGUUGCACCUCAACGUCGGUCUCUCGAAGAUCAGAGAGACUGUCGAACAGGUGGAGGAACUGCAGAAGUCGUUGGCCUCGAAAAGUAAUGAAUUGGAGGCUAAAAAUCAAGCGGCGAAUGCGAAGCUCAGAGAAAUGCUUAAAGACCAACAGGAGGCCGAACGCCGUAAAGUCAAGUCACAGGAGCUGCAGAUUAUGCUUAAGAAACAAGAGGCGUCUAUCGCUGAGAAGACCAAUGAUGUGAUGGCAGACUUGGCUAAAGUGAAACCAGCAGUAGAAGAGGCACAACAAGCGGUGCAAUCAAUUAAAAAGCAGAAUUUAGUAGAGGUUAGGUCUAUGACUAAUCCUCCGCCAGCCGUUAAGUUAGCCCUCGAAUCCAUUUGUCUUUUGUUGGGAGAGUCGACCACCGAAUGGAAAGUUAUUCGUUCGGUUCUGAUGAAAGAUAAUUUCAUCUCAACGAUAGUUAAUUUCCAAACCGAUGACGUGACCGAUGACAUCCGACAGAAAAUGAUUAACAAAUACCUCAAUAAUCCGGAUUACAAUUUCGAGAAAGUGAACCGGGCCAGUCUAGCGUGUGGACCACUGGUGAAAUGGGCAAUAGCCCAGGUGAAUUACGCCGAUAUGCUCAACAAAAUCGAACCGCUGAGGAAUGAAUUGAACAGUUUGGAGGCCGAGGCGCAGAUCAAUAAGAAUCAGGCCAUAGAGACCGACAGAAUUGUGGCCCAAUUGGAGAAGAGUAUCGCCGCCUAUAAGGAGGAGUACGCAAACCUUGUCAGUCAGGCCCAGGCUAUCAAAGCCGACUUGGCUUCAGUCCAGUCCAAAGUGGACCGAAGUAUUGCACUCCUCAAGAGUCUGAGUAAUGAGAGGGAGAGAUGGGAGCAGUCGAGCGAAACAUUCAAAAGCCAAAUGCAGACCAUUGCCGGCGAUGUAUUGCUUUCAUCGGCUUUCCUCGCAUACGCCGGUUAUUUCGAUCAACAAUAUCGACAAAAUCUGUUCAACAGCUGGUGCUCUCAUUUACAACAAGUGAAUAUUCUGUUCCGAUCGGAUUUGGCGCGAACUGAGUACCUGUCCAGUGCUGAUGAGCGGCUCAGAUGGCAAGCAAACAAUUUGCCGACCGAUGACUUGUGCACUGAGAACGCUAUUAUGUUAAAGAGAUUCAACAGAUAUCCACUUAUUAUCGACCCGUCCGGACAGGCGACUAAAUUCUUGUUAAGUGAAUACGAGAGUAAACGCAUCACAAAAACCAGUUUCCUGGACGACUCGUUCCGCAAAAAUCUCGAGAGUGCUCUCCGUUUUGGUAAUCCAUUGCUGGUUCAGGACGUCGAGAGUUAUGACCCGAUAUUGAAUCCAGUCUUGAAUAGAGAGGUUCGAAAGACUGGCGGAAGAGUUCUCAUUACUUUAGGCGAUCAGGACAUCGAUCUCUCGCCCUCUUUCUGCAUAUUCCUAUCGACCAGAGAUCCAACGGUUGAGUUCCCGCCAGACAUCUGUUCGCGCGUCACUUUUGUCAACUUCACGGUCACCCGAAGUAGUCUUCAGUCUCAAUGUCUGAAUCAAGUAUUGAAAGUCGAGAGACCGGACAUCGAUGAGAAGCGCUCAGAUUUGCUUAAACUUCAGGGAGAGUUUCACGUUAAGCUCCGACAGCUUGAGAAGUCAUUACUACAGGCGUUGAAUGACGUAAAGGGACGCAUAUUGGAUGACGACUCCAUUAUCAGUACUCUCGAGAAACUGAAGAACGAUGCGGCGGACAUCUCGAAGAAAGUGGAAGAGACGGAUAAAGUGAUGGCAGAAGUGGACACUGUUUCGCAGCAGUAUAUGCCGUUAUCGCAGGCCUGCAGCUCCAUUUACUUCACUCUGGAGGGCCUAAAUCAGGUGCAUUUCCUCUAUCAAUAUUCUCUGCACUUCUUUUUGGACAUAUAUCACGACGUUUUGACGAACAACCCGUUACUCAAUAACAUGACUGAACCCAACGCUCGACUAUCAGCUAUAACUCAUACGCUCUUUGAGGUGGUCUACCAAAGAGUGACGCGAGGAAUGCUUCACGAGGACUGGUUGGUGUUCGCACUUCUGUUGUGCAAAAUAUAUCUGCGAGUCUUCUCAAAUGAACUUAACUUUGAGGUCGAAUUCAAUCAUCUGAUGCGAGGUCGCGAAGGCAUUCUUCCGGGACAGCCAACCAUUCAUGUCGAAGGACUCAAAUCAGAUCAAUUGGAAGGCGCAACCGCUCUCUCAAAGUUGGUCUCAUUUAAGUCACUCCAAGAAAACAUCAAUUCAUUGAAAGACUUUGAAGAUUGGGUUCAAAACAGUUCUCCGGAAACAUGUGUUCCACAGCUAUGGGAAGAGUCCAAACCACUCACACCUAUCGGCACAGCAAUGCAUCAGCUAUUAGUGAUCCAAGCGUUUAGACCGGACAGAGUCAUAGCAAUGGCCAAUCGAGUCAUUCACGCCAUACUUGGCUCUGAUUUCUUACACGCGGCCGAAGCUGAGCUCAAUUUGGGGGCAAUUAUUGAGAAAGAGGUUAAGGCGUCGACUCCUAUACUCAUGUGUUCGGCCCCAGGAUAUGAUGCCAGCGGUCGUGUGGAUGAUCUCGCGGCUGAACUCAACAAAACUAUUACAUCCAUAGCUAUCGGAUCGGCUGAAGGGUUCAGUCAGGCGGAGAAGGCCAUCAACUCUGCCUCCAAGAGUGGCAAAUGGGUUCUCCUUAAGAACGUUCAUUUGGCGCCUCAAUGGCUGAUCCAACUCGAGAAGAAACUCCACACUUUGCAAACCCACCCGACGUUUAGACUUUUCCUGACUCUGGAAAUCCAUCCCAAAGUACCGGUAAAUCUGUUACGCGCCGGAAGAAUAUUCGUUUUCGAGCCGCCGCCAGGAAUCAGAGCUAAUCUGUUGCGAACAUUCAAUACAAUCCCGGCCUCAAGAAUGAUGAGACCACCCAAUGAAAGAUCGCGACUCUAUUUCCUGUUGUCGUGGUUUCACGCCAUCGUUCAGGAAAGGCUCAGAUAUUGUCCGCUCGGAUGGUCUAAAAGCUAUGAGUUUAACGAUUCGGAUCUACGCGUGGCCUGCGAUACACUCGACACUUGGAUCGAUACGGUGGCGAUGGGAAGGACUAAUUUACCGCCAGAGAAGGUCCCCUGGGAUGCAAUCGGCAUACUAUUCGGUCAAUGCAUAUAUGGCGGCAAAAUUGAUAACGAUUUCGAUCAGAGAUUAUUGACUUCUUUCAUCAAUAAGUUGUUCACUGCGAAGAGUUUUGAUCCAGAGUUCGCUUUAGUGUCUGGAGUGGAGGCACCCGAAGGCGGAAAGACUUGUAUUUCAAUACCUGAAGGAAUUCUACGCAGAGAUCAGUUCUUGAAUUGGGUGGAAACGCUUCCGGACCGUCAGAUGCCGUCGUGGUUAGGACUGCCCAACAACGCCGAGAAAGUGCUUUUGACUAAUUCUGGAACAGAUCUGAUCGCAAAACUUCUUAAACUACAACUACUCGAAGACGACGACGACUUAGUCAUGCAAUCGCAAGAAGGAGUCAAAGCCAAACGCCAUUCCUCUGACGGCAGACCCGCGUGGAUGAGAACUCUGUUGAAUAGCGCCUCCACUUGGCUUCGAGUCGUUCCCAAUAGUUUGCAAACAAUGAAGAGAACCUCCGAUAACAUCAAAGAACCUCUUUAUCGAUACUUUGAGCGCGAAGUGAAUAUUGCGUCGAAAUUGCUUCAAGUGGUGAGACAUGACUUGGAAGACGUGCAGCACAUCUGUCGCGGAGAGAAGAAGCAGACCAAUCAUCACAGAGAGAUCAUCGCCUGUCUCGCUAAGGGAAUGAUUCCCAACCAUUGGCGCAAAUAUACAGUUCCGCAAACCUGUACUGUCAUCCAAUGGAUCACUGACUUCACCGAUAGAGUAAAACAACUGCAGAAAGUGUCGUCCACUGCGAGUCCCAAUCUGAAGAAUCUGAACAUAUGGUUGGGCGGACUCUUCAACCCCGAGGCUUACAUAACAGCGACGCGUCAGUUCGUGGCGCAGGCCAACGGCUGGUCUUUAGAAGAGCUAUUCCUCGAAGUCUUAAUUUCUGAUUCCGAUAAGAAGAAUGUCUCGGAGGACGGAACCUUUGGAGUGACAGGUCUCAAACUACAGGGCGCGCAGACCAAACACAACAAACUCUACCUGUCGUCCACUAUAUUCACUGAUUUGGCGCUCACUUCCCUUCGUUGGAUUCGAGCUAAUGCCGAUGCGAAGCAAUCCAACAAAAAGGUGACACUACCGGUGUAUCUCAACUCAACUCGAGCCGAACUCUUGUUUUCCGUGGACCUGGAGUUGGGGGACAAUCAAAACGCUUACAGUUUCUACGAAAGAGGCGUCGCAUUCAUGUGUUUGAGUGCAAUCGGAUAACCAAUCCGUUUAUUACUAUCAAUACUUCCUUUAGUUACACAAAAACUAUUUCAAAUUUGUUUUAUUAAUCAUUUUAUAAAUGUUUUCAAUCAAACAAAAUCUGAUUGAAAGGCUUUAAAAGGCUAUUAUUUGGUACGAAAUCAAAAUAAUUAUUUAUCAAUAAAUUGCUUUUAUCUAUAUUUCUUUGAA